AUGUAAGGAAAACAAAUAGUUGUAAUGCUAUUAAACACUAAGUAUCUUGAUGAAAUAAUUUAUGAGACAUAAAAAGCAGUUCAAAACGUAGUUUCAUUUUGAAUUUAAAUUAUUCAUAUACACUGUAGCUUCAAUCACCUAAAGAAGUUACAUGUACAUUUCACUUUUCUACAACUCGACACAUGGUUGACCUUUUUUUGAAUCAUGGUUAUCAGCACUUAAGCUUACAUCUUAAAGCUGAUGUCACAAGAUUUUGUUGUGAUUGUCUUGUUUCCUUUGUAAUCUUUGACAUCCUAGUCUUGUGUAAUCAAUAUCCUUAUUUGGUCUUCCGCUAAGGUUUGGAAAAACAUGGGAAAUAACCUGUGUGUGGUUAUUUGGAACAUGUUAAUUACAGAUCUUUAACAAUGUUUAGUUAAAAUGAUGUGGAAACUAGGAAUUGAACAUAAUUUUCCAGACAAAUUAUGUUUUUGUCAAUGUGCAGGAAGAUCAAAGUUUUGCUUCAUUUUUGUUCCGAGUUGUGUAAAAUGAAAAUGAGGAGUAUGGGAUUCAAGUGUUAUUUACGUGAAGUUGAGGAAUGCUGUACUAAGCCCUCCAGAGGCUUUGUGAAUGAAAAGUUCUACACCCACCCCCCUCUGUUACCAGGAGAACAGAUCAUAUCACAGCAGGAUCAUGUAACUUGUGUGGACACCUUUGAUGAUAUAGCACAGGGGAUACUCCAUAUUACUACAUACAGAGUUAUUUUUGCCGGAUGUCAUGUGCAGCAUUUGUUAGAUGAUGAGUUUGUUGAUGCCGAACCUGAAGAUGUUGCUCGAAGAGGGCAUUAUCAUCAGACACGUUCCAGACAGGCCUCUCUCAGUCACCAAAAAUUACAUGCAGCCAAGAGUUCAGAGGAAACAGUAGACAAGAAACAGACUUCAAGUAAAAGGUUAAGUGCAUCUGACCUGACAAAGAAAAUAAAGGCAACCACUAUGACAAGAGGAAUGCGGCAUAGUCAGUCAAUGAUAAGAAAAAAUCAUUCAGGAUGUCAUCUCCCUGGCAUGAAUGAACAAUCUGUCAAACUACAGACGUUGAGACCUAGACCCAUUAUUUUGUCUAACAUUGAACAUGUUGAUCAUAGUUAUGAAAUUGUGGCAUCAGUCCCUCUGGCAAGCAUCUCAGAUGUAAAGAAGUUUUCCAAGAAGAAUUUGCCAAAGGACAAACAGAUGUUCUUGAUGGAUGGGUUUGAGAUCCUUUGUAGCAACAUCCAGUCAUACAGGUUCUGCCUUGGUCUUCAGAGCACACUUGACGCUGAAUCAGUUAUGAAAAUCAUUCUUCAAAGUUCAAAAACAGAGUUUUCUAAGUUAUUUGCCUUUAUUCACAAAAGUGCUAUCCUGCUGCCUAAGUCAUGCACCAUUUUGGACAGAAAAGAUGCACCAAACUUCUACAAAUUUGAUUUGGAGUGUGACAGACUGACGUUAUUUUACUCAGGAAACUGGAAAACUUGCAGUGAGUAGUUUGGGAAGAACGGUAACAUGAUUUUACAUUGUACCCUGAGUCGAACUGGUGUGUUGGCCCUUGUAUUGCACUAUGAUUAUCAGUUGUGUAAGGCGCGACGAAAGUUUGGUCACCAUGUUUUAAGGUGAAAAUCGUGUUGUUGCCAUGGGCAACUGGCUCCUUUUCCAGUGGCAACUUGUCUGCUAUGACGUCAUUGGCAGCAAAGCGCGCGAAAUUGUAGGGGACGCGACAGGCGACGCAAGGCUGUUGAUAUUGUUACCAAUGGAAACAAAAUAAGUUUCCCGUAACAACACCGUUAUUUUAAGGCUAAGAUUUCGUCACCAAACUUUCGUCACGCCUUACUCAACUGAUAGUCGUAUUAUUCAUAAUGCCUCCGUUGACAAUGUUGAGAGCAAUUUAAGUGUCGGCAAGUUAUGGGACAUGUAUUUGAUUUGGGUUAUCCAAUCCAAGUGCAAGUUCAGCCUUUAAAGUACGUAAUAGCAAACAAGAGAUGAUCUUCAAGUAGAUACAAACAAUUUUAAAAUAAAAGUUUUCGGAUGACCUGCAUCCAUCAUCAGUUUUGAUUACAGAAAGAGUAUUUGAAAAUUGUUGUUGAAUUACAACUUGGAAAUGAGUGAGUAAAAUUCAUUAAUGUCGAGAGAAAAACGAAGGCAAGAAAUGUAACAAUGGAAAUCAAAAGAAUAACGAGGGUUUUUACAAUUCCCACCCAAUAUGCACAGCCUUCUUUUCUGCCAUCAAAACUGUUAAUGGCUGCAAUAUUCAAGUUCAUGUAAGUGCACUUAUUUCUGAUAUAAUUGCAUGUUCUUUUUCUCAAGACUCCACUGUGAUCCUUAUUUUAACUCCAUACCAGAUGAAGACUUAAAUUAAUCUUUUGAGGUUGUAAGAAUCUAAAUUUUGAAAUUUAUACAGGUUGUGUUAAGAUCUAGUGGUUAGUGUUCAAAAUUUGAG